AUGCAGAAAUCGAUAUACCCGGGUCUACCUUUCAAUUUUCCUUGGUUUUUAUUCGACUAUUCUCCGCAAGGAUUGGCUGUUCUGAAGGAGCACUACGACAAGUCGCUAUCUACUCAAGAACAUUCUGUCGCUAAAACCGAUUUUAACCGCAUUAAAGAUAAUGUUCGCGGCAGCAAGCGCAAAUGCAAGUCCGACAAAUGUUCAAUAACUCCUACUCCCAUUUCGAUCUACGACACCGGUUAUAACCCCUUGGAUUCCACCCAAAGACAAAGAACCUCGACCCCGCGUACACCGGAAUACCCCGAAACAUUUGUGGAGGACAUUUUAAGGAAUAUUCCUAAUCUAGAGGAGGAUCCUUCUUUCCGCCAACAUUUUUUAGCCAAUUACGAAAAGAUUUUAGGCGUAGUACCGAAUAUUAUUAAUAAUAGCCUCAAAGAAAAAACGCCGAAAGCCCAAAACGCUCUCCAGCAUACUUUAAACGAAGCAUCUAUCAAAGAAUUAUGGCAAAAUUUUUUUGCCUCCGUACCUUUUAUCCCAUUUGCCUCCACGAAGGGAGCAUCGCCUACCCUCGUUAAAUCGUCCCUAGGUGAGCAUACCACUUUCGACAAUAACGAGGAAAAGGAGGGAUCAGAAAAAUCUCCGUCGAUUAAAUCCACCGAUAAUAUCCGAUCUGAAGUAGAAAUAAAACAAAUAGAAGACACGAGAUCUGACAAGUCCGAUCUCUACCUACCCGAUAUCGAUAUUCCAAUAAAAAUAGCCAUCCCGAACCAACAAGAAUCAUCUGCUCAUAUCGAAGACUCGGAAAACGAAAUGGCCGAAACAGACGAUUCCCAUCUUUACAGCCGCAGCAUUCAUUCACAUCCACCCACUCCUUCUGCCGACUAUAAUAACCCCACGAACAACGAUUCAGGUUUCCAGGGGUCCGAAUCUAGUUUAAAUAGGAGGACUAAUUCCUUGAACAACGAAGCAAAUGGCAAUAAUAACCCUAACGAUCAUCCUGCAGAUGAGGAUUUGUGCAAAUCCUUAGUCAAUUCCUCUCCUACAUUGACCCUCUUCGAAAGACAGCAACAGAUUCAAGCCCUUUCGUUGUUGGAAUUCCUAAAUUCCGUCACUACUACCCAACAUCAUUCUUCCUUUCAUCCUCCCCAUUCCAAUAUUUUGGAAUCCGGGAUCAUCCAUCCAUCGGCCGAAUCAAACGAUUUGUUCCGCGAUCACCAGCAGCCUAUAAUUAAACGGGAACCGAACGAAAAUCCCUCACCCCAACAUAAGCACGCCGGAAACGAAGCAGACGUAACCAACAAUAAUAAUAGUAUCGCUCUUUCCGCCAAAGGAAGAGGAACUUGCGUGUGUUGUGAAAUAUGCGGCAAACGCUUCAAAUCGAAACUCACUCUUUCUAUUCACGAAAAAACUCACAAGAGUAGCGAAAGACCGUUCCCUUGCAAAUUUUGCGGCAAAGGAUUCAUGCAACAAACCCACCUCAAGCAGCACGAGCGGUGUCACACCAAAGAGAAGCCUUACACCUGCAACUAUUGCGACAAAAUGUUCACCCAGAAAAGCGGGGUCGUUCAGCACGAAAGGAUUCAUACCGGUGAAAAACCUUACAUCUGUAAGUACUGCCCCAAGGCUUAUCGCCAAAUGUCAGGUCUAAAGCAACACGUUACUAAACACAAGGACACCGACCCGCUAAGGGACGAUACCGCUAAAUCAGCCAAUCAAACUGGCGAGACAGAUGAGGAUAGAGCCGGAAGGGAGGAAAGCGGACCAUCCUCAAAACAAUCGUCUAAAAAGAAGAGCCAGCUACAUAACGAUAACCCCAAAAAUUCGAAUCCAUCCCUUAAUAACUCGAAUACAAACAACAACCCUAAAAGAAUUAACAAUAAUAAUCCUAACCCUAAUGCCAAUUAUUUGCUCACCGACUUUUUAGCCCCAGGUUUAUUUUUCCCUCCACCCCAGGCCCACUCUAAUUCCCUGGGGAGUCACAAUGCCCACAACGGUUCUCAGUACAUGGGAAACGUCGGCGGCGGCAAUAUAGCUAACCCUAAUAACUCCGGCAAUGCUCCUCACAAUGGCCCCUUCGGCAAUAGCGCAAACAAUCCCAACUCCAAUCCGAAUAACCCGAAUCAUCCUAGUAACCAUAACAGUAAUAAUGGCUUAAUGUUCAUGAACAACUUGGGUAAUUUCGGUAAUCUCAACAAUCACCUCGUUAACCAAAACAUGAAUGGCGUGAAUCACAACAACUUGCUCCUACAGAAUGCCGCUUCCCUCAACAACCUACAAAACCUUAACAAUCUAAGUAACCUAAACAAUUUAGGCAGCCUUAACAAUCCCACUGAUUACGAGACUUCCCUAUUAGACCACUUCUACCAGCAACAGCAGAUGCAGCAACAGUUACAGCAAAAUAUUUCUUCCGAUUCCAAUUUUAAUAACCAUCCGGCCACCAACUUAACCUCCUAUUUUGGGGGCCCCAAUAAUAAUUCAGGCGGACCCCCUCCGCCUUAUUACCUUUUCCCUCCGGGGGGUCAGAAUUUUGCUCAUCCCUCAUUCAAUCACGCUGCUUCCUUCAAUAAUCAGCUCCUGAAUAACCAGUUAUCCAAUCAACCGACCAAUAACAGUAGCGCCACUAACGGGAAUUCUCAAAAUAGCGGAAGUAAUAGUAACAACAAUGCCAAAAGUAAAAAUACCGCCGCUACCGACCACCAUAAUAGCUUAUCCCACAAACAAAAUAGCAUGAAUUUGCCGCACCCCUUGAUGUACCGAGAUAUGAUGUUGAAUCGUCAAGCCCACCCUAAUCUACCUCCCAACUUUAUGGGAUUCGGUCUUCGGAAAGAGGUCAUGGAAAGCAUGGGCAUGUUGAACCCAUUCGUUCAUUCUGCCAGCACCGGAAAUAAUGCCAAAUCUUUGCCCUCGAAUCAAACAACAUCCAAAUCAUCUAGAAAAUAAGAUUUAAAAUCGAAAGAUAAAGAAAAUCGCAUCAAUUUAGCAUUGCGGAUAUUAUAUUACAAUGUGCCCUUAUUAGAAUCUCACUAAAAAAAAAUUCCUAUUUCCUAUAGUGGGAUGAAAUUUUAUAUUCCCCUCACAAAACACUCGUCAUUACACAUCCUUUAUUCCAUUUCUAAUCCUAUAUUUUAAUGGCGCCUCCAUCUUACCGCCAUCAUAUAUUUUUUUUUCUUCCCAUUAUUCGUUUAUUAUAUUUGAAUUUUAUAUAAUAAUUUUUAAAAGAAAAUAUUAGAAAAU